UUAUUGAGGUGUCGCUCCUCAUUAUCUUGUUCUUUUUCUUUUUUUCUCAGGGAAUUUGAACUGCAAAGGCCAUCCCGCUCGCUCUCUCUCUCUCUCUCUGGCCUUCUCUCGAAGCUCUCAUCUCUGUUCUCUUGGAGGAGCUUACAAGAUAGAUUCAGGCUUUGUUCAUAUGGUUUCAAGUUAAUACUUUGAGCUGUUCUUCUCUGAGGCUUUUAAACAUGAGGGAGAAAAACCUUGUUACUGCUAAGGGCCAGGAGCCAACCGUUCCACUUACACGCGCAAGGGCUGCUGCCUUCCUUGCAUCUGGAAAGUUGCCUUAUCUGAAAGCUCCUCUACAACUAAAUCAGAAGCGAGCUCCUAUACAACAAAAUCAGAAGCGAACUUUGCGAGGAAAUCCAAAAGGUGCAGACUUGGAUGAGAACAGCAAUCAUGCUCCCACUGAUGCAUGUCUUCAGCGCAAGAGGAGGGUUGUGUUGCAGGAUGUCAGCAAUAUUUGCCACAAAGGCUCAUUUGGGAGCUGCUUGAAUGCAACUAAAAUUCAGGCUAAGAACAUCAAGCUGGUUAAAAAUAGUCGGGCAAACAUUAGCAAAGUGGGGCCUUCAGAUGCUACAGAAGGCCCACAUUUUCAAGCUGGUGCGAAAGCGAACCUUCUUCAAGAACCUAAAUCAAGAGAAGUUAGAAGUUCAACUAAUUUUGAAGAAAAGGUGCCUCUUCAGUUAAGUAGCAUAAGGGACUGUGGCAUAGACGAUCAUCUACUUGAAUAUCAGAGUUUUGGAGUGCCUUCACACCCUCAAAGUUCCCCAAAGAAAGGUGGCUUCUAUGGGGACGUCAUUAUAUCAAGCAAUCCAGACGUUAUAAACAUUGAUGCAAAUUACAUGGAACCUCAAUUAUGCAGUGUGUAUGCUCCUGACAUAUAUAACAAUUUACGUGUAGCUGAGCUUGCUCGGAGACCAUAUCCUAAUUUCAUGGAAACAAUGCAGCGAGAUAUUACUCAAAGCAUGCGAGGGAUUCUGGUUGAUUGGCUUGUAGAGGUAUCUGAGGAAUAUAAGUUGGUGUCAGAUACGCUUUACCUCACAGUUUAUCUCGUUGAUUCAUUUCUGACUCAAAAUUAUAUUGAAAGACAGAGACUUCAACUUCUCGGCAUCUCUUGCAUGCUAAUUGCCUCGAAGUAUGAAGAAAUUUGUGCACCGCACGUGGAAGAGUUCUGCCUCAUUACAGACAACACUUACACAAGAGAGGAGGUAUUGGAACUGGAGAUUCAAGUGUUGAAGUAUUUUGGCUUCCAGCUAUUUGCUCCCACUGCAAAAACUUUUCUCAGGAGAUUUCUUCGAGCAGCACAGGCUUCUUACAAGACCCCUAGUCUGGAGAUGGAGUACUUGUCCAACUAUUUAGCUGAACUUUCGCUAGUUGACUAUGGAUUCUUGAAUUUCCUUCCUUCUGUCAUUGCUGCAUCAGCUGUGUUUCUUGCCAGAUGGACGUUAGAUCAGUCAAAUCACCCAUGGAAUCCAACUCUAAAACACUAUAGCUCUUACAACUCAUCUGAUUUGAAGACCACAGUAAUUGCCAUGCAAGAUUUACAGUUGAACACCAACGGUUGUCCUUUGAGUGCUAUACGCAUGAAAUAUAGGCAACAAAAGCAGUUCAAAUCUGUGGCGGCUUUGUCGUCCCCAAAACUGCUUGAAACACUAUUCUGAAUAUAUACUGGCUGUUGGAUCUUUACAGCAAGGGACUGCUAACAGAUACUAAUACUUUCCAUAUGAAAGUAUUGUCUGGGUUUGCCAUUUACUCCACGAUGUUCUCCCUGAUGUCUAAUCUUAUUCCUCUCAUCUCCAUUGAUAUCCUUUCCACCAAAUUUUUGAGUCUUUGUUUAUAGAUUUUGUGGCCUCCGGUUGGGUUAUUAUAAAACUGCUUUGUGAGCUUUAGUCAGAGAACUAAGGAUGUCUAGCCCCAAAGUCUGAAAUCGAGUGUAUUACUGUGUCACACCGUUCGAUUCAUAUAGUUCGUCAUCAGCUGUAACCAAGAGUUAAUUUGUAACCAUGGCAGCCAAAGCCUCAAUUCAAUCAACUAAUUUUCUUUGUAAUUGUCAUUUAUUCUUCACUUAGAAUUUUAAUGGUAUCUCGAAUAUCUCUGCAGCAUUAUUGGAA